AUGAGCCUACAGCUGGACCAUCCACAAAUUGGCUCCUUCCUGGGGAAGAGAGGACCCGUCGUCAACGUCUCCCCGAAUUUCGAACACUUGCCUGACAAUGCCUUCGAAAGAACCCCGAUGGACAUCUCCAAGAUUCAACCAUGGUCCGAAUUCACAUACUCCAACAUCGUGAAUGCCUACAAUGAUGUUCUAGGAAAGACUAUUCACCACAACCCAUCGGAUGAGGUGCCGGAAUUCAACUGUGAGCAUCAUGACACGAUGGGGAAAAAAUGUUGCAAGUCAUUACUCGUCGCAAUUCGUUUCCCCCUCGAAGUAGGCAAGAACGCCCUCUGUGCGAGAUUCGGCACAAUUACGAAUCUGGCAUGCUCUGAUGUGAGGCACCUGCGUCAGGAAGUCCCUAAACACGCUCAGAGUUUGGAUUUCGGCGGCACAUACCACCCCAUUUACGUCUUCUACGACCGCAACACAGUUCUAUAUGACGACAUUACAAAUAAGACCUUUGAAGACCACUGGCACCCCUUUCUCGCCACUAGCCUCGCCGUACCCUCAUGCACAUGGGAGUCAGGCUUCCUCGCCACCGCGGAUCUUGACAAACCACCCAAGCUUGGUCCUGUCGAGCAAUUGGCUACCUGUGCAAAAAAGACCAAUACUUCUUUUGCGUUCAUCUUGGGGGAUAAAGAUAUUGUCGUCCUGCAGUUCUUUAAGACGAAAGUUGGGGGUAUGGGAGUGUACUAG